AUGUCGUGUCCUCUUGUAAGACCCAUCUGGACGAAGGGCGCUACACCUGGCGUCACAACUCAAUUCUUAAACAUCUUGUCGAGUAUUUAUCAAGCGUUAAGAAAGGCAAAUAGCACUCUUGGCUUACUUAGAAGAAUCCUUGGUGAAUGUAGCGCUGCUGUUAAAUCAAGAGCGUAUACUAGUCUUGUCCGUCCACAACUUGAGUAUGCUUCUACAGCCUGGAACCCUUACACCAAGAGGAACAUCAACAAAAUCGAGAUGGUUCAACGCAGAGCUGCUAGAUUUGUCUUCAAUGACUAUUCCAGAGCUAGCUACGUCUCUCCAAUGAUCGACCACCUGAGUUGGGACAAUCCCCAACAACGGCGACUACUACACCAAGCCACUAUGUUCUACAAGAUCUAUCAAUGCCUUGUUGGAAUCAGUCUUCCUGAUGACGUGUGUCCUUUGACUAGAGCAUCCAGUCUGCCUAAUAUCUGUCCUUACCGCCAAAUUCAGUCGUGUGUCAAUGUAUAUAAGUUUUCAUUUUAUCCAAGAACAAUCGUUACCUGGAAUCAUAUCCCAUUUAACAAUCUUUGCCAAUCAACCCCAAGUUUCAAAACACUUGCCAUGCCUUCAAUUAAGUCACUUAAUGUAGCUACUUAGUAUCGUUUUGAAUCGCUUGUAUUGUACUAUAUGUUCGUUUUGUGGUCUUAGUGUUGUUGUCGUCGUUGUUGUUAUUGUCGUUGUCGUUUUUGCCGUUGUUGUUGUUAAUAGCAUAUAACAACAUCAUUCUAAUCACCGCCUAAUAUAUGUGUCAUACAGUGAUUAUGAAGACUUUCUUGUAAAUAAAUAUAAAUAUUAUCUAGUUUUUCAGUAUAUCUAACUCCUCCUAGUGUAGUAUACUACUGUUUUAGGAGUAUUUCAUUAAAGCAUUAAAACAUCUACGCUUCUACGCAGAUGUCGAGGGCUUCGAAAAUCCAUCAGUUGUAACUGGAUUGGAAGACCGACCGGAUAUGAUCAUUGAAAACUACACAAAUCGAGCAAUUUAUGCAAUUGAACUGACUAUUAGAUUUGACACUAACAUUACUAAAAAAAGUAUUAGGAAAACAACACGCUAUAGGGAAUUUUGUAAUGCUUUGAAGCAACGAUACAAUACCGUUGAGUAUUUCAAUUUAUCAAUGGGGGCUAUUGAUGUAAUUGGAAUAGAGUGUAAAAAGAUUUAUGGCUUUUUAGAGAAUGUAAUGAGCUUAGAUAUAUUUCAAAUAAACUUUUUAACUAGGAAACUAUGUGGAGUUUGCAUUAGGACUACAGUGUACGUACUUUCUGACAGGGAAUGGAAUAACCCAGAACUUUUAUACUGGUAA